UGAAUCAAGUAUGGAUUAUAUAUAAAGCUAAUAGUAGACUCUUGGUAGUCCAAAGUAUUCCCCCCACUCAGAUCCAAUACAGUUGACAUCUCACACUACUCAACUCAAUUACAAUCAAAAUGCGCGAAAUCCAGGAAUCAAUUACAAUUUCAGCGCCUCCAUCGCAAAUCUGGAGCGUGUUAAUGGACUUGGAGUCUUGGCCAAAAUGGAAUACCUUCGUCACUUCGAUUCAAGUGCAACCGCCACACACUGAACUCGCCGUUGGAAGCAAGCAGACCAUCACGAUCGAGAAUAACCAGACAUACACCAAUGUUGUGUCAGUAUUACAGCCUGAAAAAGAGCUUCGAUGGAACGGCAGUAUCUUGACACCGAUUAUCUUCGAUACAGAGCACUGGUGUCGCCUGGAAGCUGUCGAGGAUGGACGAUGGACGCGAUUUACGCAAGGGGAGCGUUUUUCUGGCAUCUUGGCACCAAUAGCUGCUGCGGCGGGAAAGCUGAACGAGCUACAGGAAGGCUAUGUGAGGAUGAAUCGAGAUCUGAAAAAGGUUGUCGAAGAAAGUAGAUAGGAACAGGUCUAGUAUAAAUCCCUAUGCAUUCUUUCGGGAGCGCAUUGUCAUCUUUGUUCCUACUGGUUGGCUGGGCGAUUCACGUUGGUGGAGGGCCUCAAUAUUAGGCAAGGAGGAGUUACACAUCUUGUUAUUGGCCAGAGAACAAACCAAUUCAUUACAAACAGAAGUUCCAGAG